UGGCGGCCCGCUGGCUCCUGACACCCAACCGGGACCGGGACCUCGCUCUUCGCCUUGGCCGCAGAAGAGCGUGGUCGGAUUUGCGCGGGCGCAUCGCGGUCUGUGUCUCCGUGCGUGCUCGAACCCACGCGAGCGUCCCACGAUCAAAAACAUACUACUGCCUUUGCCAGAGAAGGAAGCGCGCUGCCGUGAGUAGCCGCUCGUUUGGCAAAGGCACUCGCUGUUGGUCUCCGAGAGCGUGUGGUGUUUUUUUCGUGCUUGCGGACGCCCCAGAAGACUUCGUCGCGGCAGAGUGUCUCCUGACAGGGACAACCGUGUGUACUGUUGCGGACACAGCCGUGUCUCCAUGUCUUCUUCGCUACCUCUGUUUGAGCUGCUUGAAGCAUAAACAGCCGUCGAAAACUAGUGGAGCUAUAAGAACUACCUGUGACAACCACAGACUCCUAGCAACUGUGCCUUCCAGACCAGCGUGCCGUGUUGUACGUCGGGAGCGUUGGUCUGCUGUCGAGAUCGGAAGAGCCCUGCCAGCAUCGAGUUUUCUGCGAGUUUUACUCGUCAGGAACCGGCUGGCAUCUCUCUGCCCUGUUGCCGGGAAGAGUGCCGCGGCCUUUCGGCAUCGUCCCUGCCCGCAGUCGCCCUCGACCCUUCGGUGACACACAUCAGGACCGUCGAGGAUCCUUGACCUGGAGACCCUCGCGCACGCUGUGUUCUCGCGUCUUUCCGAGAAAGGAGUCCAGAACUCUUCUCUUCCAGACGUGCGAUUCUUUCGGGUAGACGUGAUAGGCGCGGCGUCUUGGCGUGCUACGGAGCAGCGCACGUCUUGGGAGUGGUUGCAGUGUCCGGCGGCAUCGACAUGAUCGUGGUCACGCACUUCGGCAAGCCAAUGACGCGGAAGAAAGGUGUCAAAAUGCUGCAGCAAAUCCUACGGGACAUGUACAUUGACCCCCAGCUGCUGGCAGAGCUGGACGAUGAGCAGAAGCACAUCCUCUUCUGCAAGAUGCGGGAGGAGCAAGUACGGCGCUGGGAGCAGCGUGAAAAGGAGCUUGCCCUCAAUAAUAAGAAGAAUGGCACUGCUAGCAAUAGCAGCAAACCUGGAAGCAAACGUGUGGACUUCCUUUUGGGUUCUGAUGGCAAGCCAUGGACUUGGGUGAUGGGUGAGCAUCCUGAGGACUCCAGCAUUGAGGAGAUCCUAGAGAAGGAGACCAAGGAGAAGGCUCGCAUUCAGGCAGCCCAGGAAACACUUCAGCUGAGAAAUCAAGAGGAGCAGACACAGAAGCAACAGUGGCACCAGCAGGAGCAACAGCAGCAGAGGCUGGACCAGCAGCAGCAGGAGCAGCAGUGGCAACAACAGCAGCAACAGCAGCAGCAACAACAGCAGCAGCAACAACAGCAGCAGCAACAACAACAAAUACAGCAACAGCAAAAAGAAAUAGUGGUGGUGCCAGCAACACCUUCGCCUCCACCAGAGAUUCCGAAAGACUGCAUAGAAGAGGUGGUGCGGCUGCGGCGCAAGAAGAAGCCCUUGGAAGGUUGCUUCUCCCUGGAGAAGGAAGUGGCUGCCCUACUACAGGACUCAGUGGUUGCCACAUCGCGGGUCACCACAGUUGAUCGCAACACAUGGCUCUCCCAGAAGCAGCAAGAAAUCAGAAAUCGAGAGGAGAGCCUGAAACAGCUGAUGGAGCAGCGGUCACAGGAGAUAUAUCAAGAGAUCAAGGCACAGCAGCGCAAAAGCUUUGAGGCUGCUGAGCGCGAGAGCAUGGUCCAAGAGGAGCUUUGGAUUGAGCAAGAGAAGAAAGCGAAAGAAGUGGAGAAGCAGAUUCGCGAGAUAGCACGCAUUGCCCGUGAAGAGCACAAGAGGGCGUUGCACCUCGGCAAUGGCAAGACAAUGUCUUCAGUGGACUCGCGAGACCCCAUGGUCAUGACAAGCCCGAACGGAAAGCCUCCUGUUCCCCCCAAAGUAGUGCCCCCACCUCUCCCUACCACACCUCCACCAAAUCUUGUGAUAAACGGCACUAGCAAUGGCUCCAUCAAGAAUGGCAUUACCACCAGCACCAUCACCACUACUACCACUACCACUAUUGGGAGCCCCACCACAGUCAUGCCUUCUCAUGCCACAUCGAGGAGCAAGGAUGCUGAGCUGUUCAGUCGGGCUGACAUAAUCCAGUGGUUCCUGAAAGAGGAGUACCCACAAGGUGCUGUGACAGACCACAAUGGCAACAACCCUGCUGUCUGGUUCCAUGGUUUCAUUGGGCGCCCGGAGUCGGAACAGCUCUUGCAGAGGCAUGGCGGGGCGGCAACAGGUGCAUUCCUUGUUCGGGUUCAUGAGCGCAUCAAGGGCUAUGUCAUCUCAUAUUGGGCUGGGGACCGCUGCAAGCACUACCUCAUUGAUGCCUCACUCGGACAUUGCCAGUUCUUUGGCUCCAAUCAACUUGUCUUUCCCCGGCUCAGGGACCUGAUAUGGCACCACACUACGAACCCGAUCACAGCUUUGGGACAAGAACAGCUGCUCGACCCUUGUCCCCGCAACAACAGCAACAACUUAUUCUCACUGCUACCCACUCUUGGCCAGUGAAAGAACAGCUGUGAAAACCCCACUUCUCACAACACAAGUGCCAAGCAUUGACAUCGUGACGUGACUUGACGUGGUGUUUGUGCGUGCUGUGUGCAAUCACAGGAAUGGCCACGCGUCGUCACCAACACCACUUACCAACCGCUGUGAUUGAACCGAAGAACAGCGGAGGGGUAAUCCAAGUUGCUGCGUGCAAUUAUGCCCGUGAUGCUUCUCUCUUAGCUGCAACUUGUGUGAACCUGUCUCUGUCUCCAAUCCGGUUUACACGUCCAAAGAUUAUAGUAAGUGGCGCCCUGUUAUGUGGCUGGCUACAACCGCAGAGGCAAAUGGCCCCUUUUUGAUAGUUUUUUUUUCUUAUAAUUGUAAUAUACUGUACAUAACUUUAGUCAGUGCAUGUGAUUGUAGUAGGCUGUUGUCUGUACAAGCUGAAGCUGUAGAUCCCUUUUUCCUUGCGGCCUCUUAUUGCAGGUGCAAUGUGUGUUGUCUUGAAUGCCAGCAAUGCAUCCUAGUGCUAUGCUGGACUCUGUAGAACAGUGUUCGAGCUUAUCAGAACUGUGUAUUUUGUUGGCACAUGUGGCUACCUAUGCUUCUUUUUUUUUAGCAGAAACCCAAGUUACGUGGAAGAAAGUGCUGUAAAUGAAUGCGUAGGAUGGUCACAACAGUUCUCUACUUUGAUAGCAGUCUGUGAAAAGGCAGCAGAACUGUCGGUCAGGCAACCAAUGCCAUAUAUUAUGGUGCUAUUACCAGUGGUGCUUUUUCGAGAUUUUCGGUUUGCAACAUUGGUAUUGGAACAGUUUUUAGAGCUCAAGAGGUGUCCAAAACUGGCAUAUCUGCACAGAAGACUACAUCCCCAUCGUUGGUGACUUGGCCUAUAGUUUCAGCAUAUUGUGAUAAUGGUUAGAUGUUCAUUUGUAGUUGUCUCCCAUAGCCUCUCGACACACUGUGUACAUUGUUUAAUGCUUAUGACUGGCUUUAGUGCAAUGUUUCUAACAUGUAGAUGACUGGCUUUCACAUAAAGUUGAUCACACGUAUACUAAAAUACAAAAUGGCAGGUUGCUGCUGCUAUUUCGAACUUUCUCUCACAUGACAGUUGUCAGUUAUUAACCGUGUCACAAACAGCAACUUUAGGGAAGGGUUGCAGACGCAGUGCACAGAACUAAAGCAUUAAUUGAAACAUUGAUGAUACCGGUUAAUGCAAACUUUGUUGAUCAUUUUAUAUCAACACGAUCAAGGUUUUGUUUUCCUGUGACUUGCCCCCAGUCUUUAAUUGCACUGGUGAUUGUUUUGUUUUAAGAUUAUGCAUGGCUGCAUGUUUGCAGUAAAUUGUUCUUCUUUUUUUUAAAGAGCAGACAGUAUUUGUUUUGUGAACAAAUGUAUGUGUUGCUGGCUGAAAUAUGGUGCAUUUUUUUUUUUCAUGACAAAAUCCUAAUUGAAGGACAUGGGAAGAGCUGUUGCAAGUUUGGUUCUGGUAUGUUUAACUAGGCAGGCUUUCUUGAGGUUUUGUUUGGAGCAGCGAGUUGAAUUUGGCUUGAGAAAGUGCCACCCAUAAAGCCUUCGUUCCCAGCUGGUUUGGGUUGAAAAAAAAAGGACUGGGUGCAACUCUUACUGCUGCUUAUUUCGCCAUUUCUAUCGAACAUACUACCAAAAUAAAUUAUUUGAACUUUUA